GAGAAGACCCUCCCCUCUCGACCCUUUUCUUCGCAUUUCACGGUCCCCCCUGCCAGACCAGAGAGACCCCCUCCCCUUUCCUCUCCACAUCCCCCUCCUUCCUCCUUCUCCCCCCUACGGACAUUCCCUGGCGCACCAUCGGCGCCGCUCCCUCUGCUCUCCCCUCGCCCGGUCCCUCCUCCCCUCCCCCCACGAACUUCGAGGGAUUCGUCCACCACACGAACUCCUUCCGAGUGUCGAGCGUCACCUUCUGUGGCCCCUGACCCGCACCCGCUGGGUCUGAUUACGCAGCCACCAUCACCCAACCAGCAAGUCGCAGCAUGCCGGACGCCCAUGCGGUCCCGACCGAGGACCUCCUGGCGCGCUUCAAUGUCGACGCAAACAUCGGCCUGACCGAUGCCCAGGUUGAGGACUUCCGCCGGAAGUAUGGCCCCAAUGAGCUCCCCAAGCCCGAGAAGGUCCCCCUGUGGAAGCUGAUCCUCGAGCAGUUCGAAGACACCCUCGUGCGGAUCCUCCUCGGGGCGGCGGUCAUCUCCUUCAUCCUGGCCCUGACGGAGGACUCCGGCUCCGGGCUGGAGGCCUUCGUCGAGCCCCUGGUCAUCCUGCUGAUCCUGGUGGCCAACGCCGCGAUCGGUGUCAUCCAGGAGACCAACGCCGCCAGCGCCAUCGAGGCCCUCAAGGAGUACACCCCGGAUGAGGCGAAGGUCCUGCGCGGCGGUCGCCUCCAGCGCAUCAACGCCGCGCAGCUCGUGUGCGGGGACAUCGUCGACGUCGUGGUCGGCGACAAGGUCCCGGCCGACCUGCGCGUGCUGCAGAUCCUGUCGACCACCCUGCGCGCCGAUCAGGCCAUCCUCACCGGCGAGUCGGAGUCCGCCUUCAAGCAGUCCUGCCCGGUGGCCACGGCCGAUUCGUCCAUCCAGGACAAGACCAACCUGCUGUUUUCCGGCACCACCCUCACCGUGGGCAAGGCCCGCGGCGUUGUGGUGGCCACCGGCCCCAAUACCGCCAUCGGCCACAUCAGCCAGUCGCUGCAGGACAGCGACGGGGAGGACGAGAAGACCCCCCUGAAGAAGAAGCUCGAUGACUUUGGCGACAUGCUGUCCAAGGUCAUCUUUGUCAUUUGCAUCCUCGUCUGGCUGAUCAACUUCAACCACUUCACCGACGCCGCCUUCGGUGGCAACCCCCUCAAGGGCGCCAUCUACUACUUCAAGAUCGCCGUGGCCCUGGCCGUGGCCGCCAUCCCGGAGGGCCUGCCCGCCGUGAUCACCACCUGCCUGGCCCUGGGGACCAUGAAGAUGGCCAAGAAGAAUGCCAUUGUCCGGUCGCUGCCCUCGGUGGAGACCCUGGGCGCCACGUCGGUCAUUUGCUCCGACAAGACCGGCACCCUGACCACCAACAAGAUGUCCGUCAUCAAGAUGUGCAUCUUCGACGACACGGCCACCCCGGUGGAGUAUGACAUUGAGGACUCGCUGUACCGCCCGACCAGCCGCAUCCUGUCCAACGGCAAGGAGCAGAUCGACCUGGCCCUGAACAGCGCCGCCAUCGCCGAGCUGUCGCGCAUUUGCUCGCUCUGCAAUGACUCGGACAUCCAGUUCAACCCGGAGACCGGCGCCUACCAGGCCCUCGGCGAGCCGACCGAGGCCGCCCUCAAGGUCCUGGCGGAGAAGGUGGGCUCCUAUGACGCGGCGCUGAACCGCCACCUGCCGGGAAUGGGCCCGGAGAAGCGCGUCCAGGCGGUCAAUGCCCAUAUCGCCGCCGGCCACGAGCGCCUGGUGACGCUGGAGUUCAGCCGCGACCGCAAGUCCAUGUCGGUCUUGGUCCGGGAGAAGGCCUCCGGCCAGUGCCGGCUCCUGGUGAAGGGUGCCCCGGAGGGGAUCCUCGAGCGGUGCACGCACUUCCGCACGCACAGCGGCACGCGGGUCCCCCUGACCGAGGACAUCCGGGCCACGCUGGCCAAUCGCAUUCGUGCCUGGGGCACCGGGCAGGACACCCUCCGGUGCUUGGCCCUGGCCACGGUGGACCAGGCCGGCGAGCCGGACUCCUAUGACUUCUCGGAUGCCGGGCGCUUUGCCUCCUACGAGUCGGACAUGACCUUCGUCAGUCUGGUCGGCAUGCUGGACCCCCCGCGCCAGGAGGUGCGCGCGUCCAUCCGCACCUGCCAUGAGGCCGGCAUCCGGGUGAUUGUCAUCACCGGCGACAACAAGGAAACCGCCGAGGCCAUCUGCCGGCGCAUUGGGGUCUUCUCGGCCGAGGAGGCCCUCACGCACAAGUCCUACACCGGGCGCGAGUAUGACCUGCUCAGCGAGUCCGAGCGCAUGACCGCCGUCCAGCAUGCGUCGCUCUUUGCUCGGACCGAGCCGAACCACAAGCUGGCGCUGGUGCGCCAGCUCCAGGCCCUGGGCCAUGUGUGCGCCAUGACCGGCGACGGUGUCAACGAUGCGCCGGCGCUCAAGCGCGCGGACAUCGGCAUUGCCAUGGGCAGCGGCACGGCCGUGGCCAAGGAGGCCUCGGACAUGGUUCUGGCCGACGACAACUUCGCCACCAUUGUCGCUGCCGUGGAGGAGGGUCGGUCGAUCUUCAACAACACCAAGCAGUUCAUCCGGUACCUGAUUUCCUCGAACAUUGGCGAGGUUGUGUGCAUUUUCCUUACCGUCAUCCUCGGCACCCCCGAGGCGCUGAUCCCGGUGCAGCUGCUCUGGGUGAACUUGGUCACGGACGGCCUGCCGGCCACGGCCCUCGGCUUCAACCCGCCCGAUGUGGACAUCAUGCGCCAGCCCCCCCGGCGGGCGGACGAGUCCAUCGUCAAUGGGUGGCUCUUCUUCCGGUACAUGGUGGUCGGCCUGUAUGUGGGCCUGGCCACCGUCGGCGGGUACAUCUGGUGGUUUGUCAGCUACUCCGGCGGUCCGCAGAUCUCCUUCUGGCAGCUGCGCAACUUCCACGACUGCUCGACCCUCUUCCCGGAGGUGGGCUGCGAGAUGUUCUCCAACAUCAUGGCCCGCCAUGCGUCCACCAUGUCCCUGUCCAUCCUGGUGACCAUCGAGAUGUUCAAUGCCUUCAACAGCCUCUCCGAGAACCAGUCCCUCUUCGUGCAGAAGCCCUGGUCCAACCCGUACCUGAUUGCUGCCUGCGCCAUGUCCUUCGCCCUGCACUUUGUCAUCCUCUAUGUUCCCUUCCUCAGCCGGAUGUUCUCCAUCACCCCGCUCAACACCCAGGAGUGGAUCGCCGUCCUGUCCUUCUCCCUGCCGGUGCUCCUGGUCGAUGAGCUUCUCAAGGUCCUCAGCCGCUGGCGCAACGCCCUCCAGUCCCCGAACAAGGAGAAGCAGCACUGAUGAGCGGCCCUCCCCCCCUCCCUCCCCCCUGUCCCUUUCUCCACUCUCUUUGUGUGUACGAAAAAAAUGGGGCGCCAUGCCCCGCGACCAGAAAAAUACACUAGAUAAUUCAAAAA